UCAGUUUUAAUCGAGGAUUGGAGCCGAGCAGACGGAACACACUUUCUCUCGUGUUCGAAAACAUGUAAACUUCGUCUCCAGAUUCUGGAACAACCUACUUGGAGGGCUAAUUUCCAUGCUCAUGAGGGACUAAGGCCUCCCCCGUCACACGAAAACUUAUUGUUCCCAAGUGCCUCAUUCGACAGCAGUUAAUCCAAGGCCUUUCCGCGAAAUCAAGUCUGAGGUGUUCCAAUGAAAAUGGGCAACGAUGAUCUCACUGAAGAGCAGGUGGCCGAAUUCAGAGAGGCCUUCCGAUUAUUCGACAAAGAUGGUGAUGGAACCAUCACCACCAAGGAACUGGCCACCGUGAUGAGAUCCUUGGGCCAAAACCCCACGGAAGCAGAGUUGCAGGACAUGAUCAAUGAGGUCGACGUGGACGGGAAUGGAUCCAUCGAGUUCGAAGAGUUCCUCACCAUGAUGUCCAAGAAGGUCAAAGAGAACGAAAGCAGCAACGACAUCAAGGAGGCCUUUAGAGUCUUUGACCGAGAUGGUGACGGUUACAUCUCGGCCGAGGAGCUCGGACAGGUGAUGCAAACCCUGGGCGAGAAUCUCACCCAAGAGGAAAUUGACGAGAUGAUCCGUGAAGCCGAUCUGGAUGGCGAUGGCAAGGUGUGCUAUGAGGAAUUUGCCACCAUGAUGAGCCACAAAGGGGCUGCCUAGAGGCAUAUCAUCAUCCCCCCCCCCUAAACGCGCUCACACCAGCUUUAAUCCGAGCUUCGAGCGGCGUCAUCUCUUGCCAAAGGAAAAUUUGCUCAAUAACCAUUCCACAUGCUCUGAAGACGUCUUGGAGCUCCCUUGAGACCCUUCCAUGGUUUGACCACAUUAAUGUCCUUCACUCCGCUUGCAUACAACGCCUAUAUAGAGAGGAGGCAGAAGACCAAAGACGUCCUUGGCCUUGAUAUUUCAUUUCUUGUUCUACAUAUGAUUGGGAAGUUUGCUUAACAAUUGGAUAGAGUAGGCAAUCUUGCCCCAGCGAUCGUUUCCAUGCUAGGAGAUUAUCCAUGACCAUCCUAUGCUUAGUAACGCAACAGAGGAUUAGACAAUUCACAUAGCAUAUCUCUCGUAUAUUAUCAUUCAAUUUUCGUCUGGCUUGAACACUAAGAAAGCUUUCAUUAGAUUAUUGAAUUAGAUGAAGGACUAACUAACAAGGGCUCUUUGCAUUCGGCGAUUCGGCGCUAUCAUCAUCAAUAUUCUCUUUAACAUUAUUGCUCAUAUUUUUUGUAGAUAUCAUCAUGUAGAAUUCGAAAUAAAUAAUCGCUGACAUGCA